GACACCUGGCCGAGUCCGGAGUCAAUUGUUUACGCAUAUUUUUUACUCGUAAAUUAAAGUAAUUGGAUCAACGUACAAUUGUAGUAUUGUGACUAUUAUUAAUUGCAAAAAAGUUCAUAAGUGCAAAGUGUAAAUAAAUUAUAAACAUGACUUAUGUUAAUUCAUGGGAAGAAUUUGUAAAAGGUGCAGAGAGGUUAUAUCUCCAAGAUCCAUUAAAAGCACGUUAUACUAUGAAAUACUGUCACAAUAAAGGAACUUUGUGUUUAAAACUUACAGACAAUCGAACGUGUCUACAAUACAAAACAGAGAUUGCUCAGGAUUUAAAAAAAAUGGAAAAAUUCAUAGGCCAUCUCAUGAGGCAUAUGGCAUCUAAAGAAGUUUAAAUCAUACACAUAUGGGAAAAGUUGGGAUUAUAUUUUUAAUAAAAACACAAUCGUAUCGAUUA